CAAUCAGAGACCACCGACCUCAUGAAGACCCCGCCCACAAGCCUAUAUUAAAGGCUCGGCCGUCAGAAGCAUUGGCCACUGGCACAAUAUAAUACUGAUUGAUCCGCUAACCGAGACGAGGGGAUUUACUUUAUUCAACCUUUCAUUUCAGCCGUCCUUUAUUUUAUUCUACUAAACAAUGGCAGACACACAGGUCGACUCCGGCUCGGAUAUCUCUGCCAAGGACCUGAAAGAGAAGAAGCUGGUGGAGGAGAAGGAGAACGGCAAAGACGCCGCUACCAAUGGGAAGGAGAAUGAGGAGAACGGUGAGCCCGAGGUAGAUGACGAGGAGGACGAGGAGGUGGACGAGGAAGAAGAGGAAGAUGAUGGAGAAGGUGAUGAGGAAGAUGAGGAGGAGGAUGACGACGAGAUUGAGGGUGGCACAAAACGGGCAGCUGAGGAUGACGAGGACGACGACGAGGACGACGUCGAAACCAAGAAGCAGAAAACCGACGAUGACGAUUGAUGCGUUUCCCCCGCGCCAUCCUGCUGAACCACUUCCUGAUUCUUCACCUCUGACCAUUUUUCUAUGUCGCAGGUGGAGGGGCUGGAGGACUGAUUUAAAGGAAAAAAUAAUAAUAAUGAUAAAAAAAUCCAACAUGGUCAUUAGCAAGUAGAGUUCAACAAACACCCGCCACGUCCACACUCACCCGAGCUCCCCUCGACGCUGCGAGACGAAUUUUCUAGAGGAACCCGCCACCGCAUCGACGACGCAGAAAUCCGGCUUCUCUUCAGCAACAACACAAAAGGAGAAUUUGUUUGUAUUUUUAUUUACAUUUUAUAUUUUUGUACAUAUUGUUAGGAGAGGGGAGGGGGGGCAGUUUCUCUCUCGGCAGCGAUCUCGUCAGACCAAAUCGGUGCUUCUCUAACGAAAGAUUUUACUUGGUUGACCAUGUUACGAUAUCUCAACAGAUCCUAGAAAAAUGUGUAAAAAAAGUAAAAAAAAAUAAAAACAUGAAAGACAACCUCUUAAGCCGUUGAACUCAGAGCAUUCCAGUAAAUUUAAUGUAUGUACUUUAGCUGUACCAUAACUAGUUUGUUUGUAUGGGAGGGUAAGGCCAAAGAAAAGAGCCUCUUUUCUUUUUCCUUUCUUUUGGUUUUUUCUUUUGGUUUUGUUUUUGUCAGCGACUUUUUGUUUUAUGACGGCCUGUUUUGAUGUAUGUGCAAAGUUUGUUGUUUGACAAUAAACCGGACUUUUAUUUUGUGAGUUGUA